AUGGAGCGAUUCCAUGUUAUGAACAAAACCACGGAAGCUAUAACAAGAAAGAUGGCGAGCUUGCCAACGAUACCAGCAGACUUGUCCUACGAUCAGUUCUGCAGACAAUAUCUCGACAAUGAGUCAUACAUUCCGCUGAUGUAUCAAAAAGCUGGAUACAAGGGACAAACCCUGAAGGAGAGGAAGAUGAACGAAAAGGAAGGAGAUGAUAAGGUGCGAGCAAUCGUUCAUAUGUUCGCCUCCUAG